AUGGCUCCCCAAGUUUUUACUCUGGCUCAAACGCCAAUUACCUCGCACGUAUUCAGUGCGGAUCGUAGCCAACUGGCCGUCAGCUUGAAUAGCAACGAUGCGCAGAUAUUUUCGAGCAACGGACAAGAGUGGGUUCCUACAGAGACACUCGCAGAGCAUGACAAGCUGAUCACUUCCAUCGAUUGGGCUCCGAAUUCUAACCGCAUCGUGACUUGUUCUCAAGAUCGCAAUGCGUACGUUUGGCAGGAGACACCCGACCCGGAUACGGGAAAACUUGUGUGGAAGCCAACCCUCGUUCUGCUCAGAAUUAACAGAGCAGCGACCCAUGUCAAAUGGAGCCCUCUGGAGGAUAAAUUCGCUGUUGCGAGUGGCGCACGUGCGAUAGCUAUCUGCUCGUUCGAUCCCGAGAACAACUGGUGGGUAUCAAAGCUGUUGAAGAAACCUAUCCGGUCCACCGUACUCUCCAUUGACUGGCACCCCAAUAAUGUCCUUCUCGCUGCUGGAAGUGCGGACAUGAAAGCCCGCGUCUUUUCAGCUUACAUCAAGGAGGUUGAUGAGCGGCCAGCGGCGACUGUAUGGGGUUCGAAGCUCCCCUUCAAUACCGUUUGCGGAGAGUACACCAGUCCUGCUGGUGGCUGGGUUCACGCAGUGGGAUUCUCGCCAUCCGGCGAUGUCCUGGCCUUUGCGAGUCAUGAUAGCUCGAUCAGUAUCGUCUACCCUGGCGGGCCAGUUGUUCACAACAUUCGCAUGCAAUCGUUGCCAUUUGUCACUUUAACCUGGACGUCGGAAGAUGUGAUCGUCGCUGCGGGGCAUGAUUGCCGCCCCAUUGUUUUCUCCGGUUCAGAAGCAGGCUGGCAGGAGGCGGGGACGCUUGACGAUUCGACGGCACCCAAAUCAGCGGAAACUCGACCAGGCGUUGGCGGCGUUGGGAGACUCAAGACUGGUGCCUUUGCAACGUUCCGUGAUGCUGACAGUCGAGGACAAUCUAGCAUUUCUGGUGGUGGAUCACAGUUGACGAAUACCAAGCUUUUGACGAUUCAUCAAAAUACAAUCACUAACAUUCGACCGUACGAAGUGAGGGGUAACGAGGUAACUAAAGUGAGCACAUCGGGGGUAGAUGGAAUGCUGGUGAUUUGGGACGUGAAUGCCGUCACUGGAUUGAGUGGACGGCUAGGAGGUGCCCAAUUGAGAUAGAUACAUAGACGGUAUAAUACAAUGUACUAGUGUCUGAUGGUGGUAUCGUUGGAAUCGUUGUAGUAACCUUGUGAAGGGUCUGGAGGUGGUUGCUCGUUUAUAACGCCCCAAACUGAGGCUUU